GGGGGACGGAGGGAUGAUUACACUAGAUAGUUACACUAACCACGUAGAUGGGGGAAUUCCUCAGAAAGAAAGGUAAUAAAGCUGAUUCUCCUUGCGGAUAUCAAGAAACUUUCAGAAUGCUAUUUCUCAGGCAAUUCUUCACAAGAUAACUUGAAACGCUUAGCAAUCUGCGCUUAGUUUUUCUAGAUUGUUUCCCCCCGAAAACCACUAGUUCCACCCCUUUCCCCUCUAGAACAAUAUUGAUAGACUAUACAAAUAUCGUACAAAUCACAUAAAUGUACCCCAUAAUCUAUUUCGCUUUUUACAGUAAAUAGACAUGAUUCCAUGAGGGAGAGUGGGUGGCAGAGUUCGCUUUGACGUUAAAUGCCCAAAGACAUUCGGCAGUAGUUGUAGCUGGUUGUUGUGUGGCACAGUUGUUUCAUUUUUGAACAUUGUAGAGCGACAAGUAAAUAUCGUUAAAUCAUCUGAAUUUGCAUUUUCACAAUCCUUCACAAAUAUAUUGAGACCACAUUGAUGGGAUCAAAACAAGCUUAUUGAUUUACUUCUACUACCAUUGUGUUUAAACUCCCUCCCUCUUCAAGCAAAGUUGUUGAGAACGUGUUACUAUAAACGAUCUUUCCACACGCGAUUUACGGCUAUUUCACCAAAUCUCAAUAAACAAUCUUGCUUGGAGGGAGUGGGGGAAGGAAGGGGACGAUGGAAGGGUUGAGCAAGAAAGUAGCCUGCCUGUCUGGAGCUUAAAACAAAAUUAGGAAGGGUUUACGAAAUAAUUAUGGUAGGUUUCCUUUUGGUGAAAUACACCAGGCAGAUAUAAGCAUUAACGUGAGGUGGGAUUGAAAAGCAGUCUCUUACGUCACACGGCUAUUUACAUUCAAACAAGAUAAGAUGCCUUUUGAUGCCCAUAUCUACAAAAGCACAACCUGAAUUCUCAGGAAGACUGAAAGGUGUGGCCACAGGAAAAGUUUCUGAAAGUGGUCCAGUUUUGUGAAUCGCCCCUGGGCCCAAGCGGGCUCUCGACGGCCCUGGAUCUACCCUGUUUGUUCAAAACGCCCCCAUUCACGCCCACAUCCUCUAAAAACCUAACACAAAAGGUACCGGACUGUAUCGAAAAGUGCACACCUCCGCUCUCACCUUUAACUCGUAUUAGUAUUGGGAGUAAUAAUUUAUCUGUAUGCAGUACCUUUUGUGAUACAAGGACAUUAAUGGGGUGUUUUUCACAAACCGAGAAAAAGAAUAAACAAUAUAUGUGCCUUAAAUGGCAUCAAUGCAAAGCAACAGAUAAGAAGAUUCUACGAAAAGUGGAUCGCGGAAACAAUUGACUGUCAGGAAAGAACCACCGGAGCAUGACAUCUAUUUCUAUAGACACUAUCACUUCGUGAACUCGAAUUCUUAAAAAUCUAGAUUUGUGGUGUGCAAAGAGUCACGUUACAGCAAACCCUCUGCAUAACGCUUUGCAGUAUUGUAAUCAGUAUAAGACCUAUCAACGAGUAGGCAACAAACGGGAUCAAGAAAAGAGAAAAAAGAACUCAGAGUGCUGGACAGGUUCCGGUUAGAGACUGGACACAGGGCUACAAGAAUGAGAAGUUACAACUUGCAGCUUGUUAUCAUUAUCGUCAUGGCUCUGAUUGGCACGGUCGACGCCACCUGUCAAUCAACCACAUACUACGCUUCAUCCUCAAAGAAAUAUAUUUGGAAUUUGAACUACGAAAAUAACGAGUUAUGUACAAUCUAUAUACGACCUAGUGCUGCUUACACCAGUGGGCACUACUUGGAGAUUCGCUGGGAUCUGUUUGAAGUUGAAGGAUAUAUGCCUUCAUGUUCACACGACUAUGUUGAAGUUUUUCUUACAUUAAGAGGAAAAAGCAUUGGAAGGUAUUGUUCCGACAAUAUUGGUGUGACGAAACUCUUUACAAUGUACUCUUCGGAUGGGUAUGCUGCAUUGGUGUUUAAGACAGACAGCAGUGUGACAAGGAGAGGCUUCAAGUUUACAUUCCAACUGAAGGGUUAUAAUACCGAUUUUCUGAAUACUUAUGCAAGUAUCAAUUGCUACUACAAUGUCGAUUCAAAAUAUGCUGGGACAUUUUAUCCCUCUGGUUGGCCAAAGGGCUACAAGAAUGGCCUCACAUGCUACCAUUCACUAAAUGUGGAGGAAAAGAGAAACACACGCAUUGUCGUUAUGGAUUUGAACUUGCGCAAUACUUCAUCUGCCUGCAACGACAGUAGUGAUUACGUCCAAAUACGAGAAUCUUCAAACUACUAUUCAGCCAUGUCUGUUAUACGAAAACUGACUCAGACGGUAACAGGAAAGCUAUGUGGCACAUACAACCCUGGAUUUACAACAGCUACCAAUCGAUACCCAUACAUAGUCUUCAAUAGACCAGUCGGAUCCUAUCCAUCACACACAGAGCGUGGCUUCAUUACUGGAUACAUUACCUACAAAUCUUCAAACUACUAUUCAGCCAUGUCUGUUAUACGAAAACUGACUCAGACGGUAACAGGAAAGCUAUGUGGCACAUACAACCCUGGAUUUACAACAGCUACCAAUCGAUACCCAUACAUAGUCUUCAAUAGACCAGUCGGAUCCUAUCCAUCACACACAGAGCGUGGCUUCAUUACUGGAUACAUUACCUACAGCACCGACAUAUGUUUUCAAAAUCCUUGCAUUAAUGGCGGAACAUGCGUUGCUUUUGGUAAUUCACGGACUUGCAGCUGCCCACCAGGAUUCACCGGAACUCUCUGCCAAUUUGGAAUAAACGAGUGCCAGAGUGACCCAUGCCAAAAUGGAGGUACUUGCGAGGACAAAGUAAAUAAAUACAUUUGCUCAUGCUCAUCAGGGUAUACUGGGAAGCAUUGUGAGACCAAAAGCGAUAAAGCUUCAAAAGAAAGGGAUAAAGAUACAAAAACUGAGUUGAUUCUUGGUAUUGGCAUACCAGUAGCUGCAACAGUCAUUGGAGUAAUUGGCUAUAUCGUAAAAAAGUAUGUGAAAAGGAACUGUUUUCUUGGCAGGGUUGUGUGAAAUGUAUUAACUAUAAGAUUCAUAUACAAUGGAAAUUGCUUUAGUUUUUAUCGAUUCAGUUUUAUGAAAGUAUCUUAGAGGACAAAGAGAGACAGGAACGUCAAAUUUGAAAAGUGAAAUAAACGAAUGAAAUAGUUUUCCAUGUACCGCUUUAUGGCGCAGCAGCUUCCCCUCUUUAACCCUUUUUACUGAGACUCUUCGCUCUGUUACCAAUGCAUUAAUGCUUACUUGAAAAGUUAUUAGCGAGUAUAUAUCGAGCUGUAAUUAACCGAUAUUUGUACAUAGCGUCUCAUCUCAUGCAAUAUUGGGUUGGCAUACCAUCAGUGGCAAAUUGUAGACAUUUUGAACAAAUGAAAUCGCUAUCACAUUGGAAAACUUCCCCCCUAAAUGAUAAGGGCGCGCUGAAUCAAUAAGAAGUAUUGCUUCCCUCUCCUGGGUGUACGUUCAUGCGACAAAGUAUUCUUUAAGGUUAUUUACUCAAUGUUAUUAUGCUGGUUUUCUUGAACAAGCGAUAUUCCACAAAAGAGUAUUUGAAUCCACUGAAUCCAUAUAACUUUAAAAAAAACAAACAACAUGAAAUUAGAUGGGGGUCUCCCUCAACCCGAAGGCAAAGGUGCCAUUUAGUACGGACGACCCCAAAUUUAUAACUGUAGUACUUCCAAUUCAUACAGUCAUAUUGAAUGAUACCAAGUGUCUUUGAUUUGGUAGCCUUUACUUCAGGGUGAAACUUGAGAGCCAUCAAGAAUUGUAGUUAUACCUGUUUUUACUUAUCAUUCGAAUGUACUUUUUUAGGACACUGAGGUUGUCCUUCUUCUCAACGUGACUGUAUCUCGUGAUUCCCACACUUAGAAAUGCAGACGUCACUGAUGUUUCAUACAGGCUACUCGUUUAUUAUAUCCAGAAAACCAGCUUCAGAGUAAAAUAACGUAGAGCAAAUUUUUGUUUCGGGCUCCUUAGUUUUUUAACUAAAGGCAACCUUAGUCCACUUCGCCACUGCUUAUGGGCGAUUUUAUCAGCCUAGUGUCAUCGCAUAUAUAAUGUAUGAUAUGCAAACAUGGUUCAAAAUUGUUAUUCUUAGUAGUUAUUAAAUAGUAGUUCUUUAAAAAAACUUGACAGUUUCAAGCAUUGAAUCGCACUAUUGAAUCGGACAGAGGCGGCAACACAAAGUUGAAUCUGGGGUUGGGCAAAAGAUCAAGUUUAGUGAUAAAGGAGAACCCACCAUGGUUUGGUCUGACGCGCAAGAAAAUUUUUGAAAUCAAGCCUUCUAGAAUGGCUAAAAAUGCAUCUCCCAGACUAAAAUUUAACAAAUUACUAUGAUGCUCAGCAAAACA